AUGUUUGGGUAUCAGUUUUAUUCAAAGGGCAGGUCAGAAGGUCCUAGGUUAUUGCAGUUUGCAGUUGUCAAGUUUGGUGUUAUGAAGUCUUUUUUUAAGGGCUUGGCUGUGGCGGCAAGUUAUACAGCUACUAUAUUGGCUAAUGGUGUUCAUGUCUGCCCUUUGUGCUUUAUAGUUGAAAAUGGCACAUGCACCUUCACAUGCAUUGCUUGUGCAAAGCAAGCAAUCAUUCAUGCACCUCAAAAUCCGAAGCUUCCCUCUGCAAAAGACAGGAACAGCAAAUUAGAGCCUGGAAAACACACACCAAAACCCCACUUUGGGGCCACUUCUCUCAUUUCAAAGGAUCCUAUCUAA